GUUUUUUAGUGGAGAUUAAUUAGUCUUCAACUAUUUUGCCGACAUCACCAAUUAAUUAUCAAUUAACUGUUUAACUCUAACAUUGACCUUAUCGUCUGUUGGUGAUUAGUUUAUGACUGUCAACUCACCAAGUUCACUUUUAAAUAGUGUUGACAGUUUGAUUUUUCUGUCCAUUCUUCUGACUUGAUUUGAUUAUUUUUUCUGUUGAUCUUCCUUUAAAGAAAAAGCUUAACUACUAACGAUAAGAAUGUCUGUGUUGGAAGAGCUUUUGAAAUUUUCUCCUAUUCCAAUGGAACCUGAACAAGCCAAGUUUCUUAUUGCCAAAGGUUUAGGUUAUUCUAUUAUUGUUGCUUCAUCUUUAAUCAAAUUACCGCAACUUUUCAAGAUUACUGGUGCUCGUAAUUCCGCUGGUAUCAAUUUCUAUGGCCAAGCACUAGAACUGUUUGCCUAUUCUCUCAACUGUGGCUACUCUUUUGCUAAAGACUAUCCAUUUAGUGCCUGGGGUGAAUCAUUGUUUCUCUUGGUUGAAAAUUUUCUCAUCUGUCUUGCUGUUCUUUUCUACAACAAUCAAAAAUUGAGCUGUUUAAUUUUCUCAUUUCUUUACACUCUAAGCUUCGGAGGUUUGAUGUCUGGUCUAAUUCCCAUUGAUAUUUUGUGGUACCUUCAAUCAUUAAAUUUACCUCUAGCAAUCGGUGGUAAGAUGAUCCAAGGAAUCAGUAAUUACAGAAAUGGACACACUGGUCAAUGUUCCGCUAUCACAGCUACUUGCCUUUUCCUUGGUUGUAUCGCUCGGAUAUUUACCACAAUCCAAGAGACAAAAGAUAAUCUAAUGAUCGUUAACUUCACCGUUGCAUCGAUGGCGAACUUUAUUCUCGUCUCUCAAAUCUUUUACUAUUGGGAAAAUACUAACAAAUUCUUGGCCAAAUCAGCCAAGAAAAAGAAGAAGUAAACUAGUUGAUGAAAAAUCAUGAAACAAUUAAGUUCCCAGCUCGAAGCAAAUUGAAACAAUUAUUAAAAACAAUUAACUGUCAUCAUUACAAUGAAUUCAAUAAGGAAACAAAACUCAAAAUCUGAGUCCAUUUUGUAUAUCAAAGUAAAACAAGAAACACAAAAAAAGUUACUUAAUCAGUUGCUUAGUAAAUUUUGAGUACAUGAAGAUAAAAGUGCAACAAUUACAAGUUUUUCUUAUUACUAAAUUAAAUCUCUCAUUUUGGAUAAA